GAGAUAGAGUUUAUUGCGCCAGGAAAAGAAACGCUCCUGUAUUCGUUCUUCGUUCCUCCCUUUUUUUUCCGGAUGAAGAGUGGCGAAAGUUAAGGGUGGGAGUGCUGUUUAAAACACGCUUGCGCUGGCAGAACAGUCGAUAGGCGCACAGCUAGCAGAUUACUUGCACUCGUGACCCUCGCGACUAACCUCAAAAUAUUUUAUUUAUCGUGUCUGACCGAGAGAAAGGCUGUGGGUCAUUCCACUAACAAUUCCGGGCGAUUCGUCAAACGUUUCGGAGAAAAGUAGUUACGCCGCGCGUGCUUUUUCCACCAAGAUUCGUAUCGAAUCGAAUUACCAGAGGGAAAACAUAGGUAUAUGGAUUGCUGUGGAGGAGGCUACGCGCGUUUGAAAGAUGGGUCAUGGUUCCAGCCGAUCUGCUUCAUCCGCGAAUAUCCUGUCAGCGGACGAGCUGACUUUGGUGGAGAACCUCUUCAAAUCUAUGUCCCGAAGCUCGGGUUCCAUAAAACGCGAAGAUAUAUUUAAACACUGGUCCACCCAUUUGGACGACGGGUUAUUGCAAUUCGUAGUAAAGUUCCUCUGCUACGAGCCGGGAAAAAGAGUGUCCGCGAUUAACGGAGAGAAUUUCGGAAGAUUGUACGUGUUCGCCGUUCGCGGGAACCCGGAAGAGAGGACAAGCUUAAUAUUCAAUGGCUUCUCCGAGGAGGAACAGAAACACGAAAUACCAAUUGCAUCGUUCCUUCAAUACGUUCAGGCAACCAUAAAUUCCUAUCUGAAGCUCCAGAAGAACGCGGGCAACGCACACUAUCUGACUUGGAGCAGCAUCGGCUGCACGGUGAACACCAGGAGGAUAAACAUGAGGUCCAGAACUCUUUGCGAAGAUCUAGUCAAACAGGGAGACGUUCUAUCCGUCGAACAAAUAGAAAAGUGGUUUUCGACGGCAGCUACCUUCAAACUGAUCCAGUCGCACGUUUUCCAGUGCCUUUUUUUGGUCUCGCAAAAGAAGGGAGACAAGAACACCAGCGCUAGAAUAAACGACCUGAACCUCCUACCGGGUUGCAAGGGGCUGGAAAACAUACCACACUUCCCAAGUAUCCUGGGCCUUGGCGACGUUCUGUUCCUAAAUCUCAGUUUGCCUCACGAGCUCCGCAACGAAUGGAGAUUCUUGUUCUCUAGUCAAGUACACGGAGAGUCGUUCUCCACCAUGCUCGGAAGGAUCACCAUGCAAGGGGCCACAAUUAUAAUUCUACAGGACGCGGACGAUCACGUGUUCGGUGGUUUCGCGUCGGACAGCUGGAAGUUGGGAUCGAACUUCAUAGGAAAUCAGAGCUGCUUCCUGUUCAAACUGGAUCCGGAUAUACUCACGUUUCCUUCUACUGGCUACAAUAAUCACUAUCAGUAUUUAAAUCUUCAUCAACAAACUAUGCCUAACGGUUUGCUCAUGGGAGGACAAUUUAACUAUCCGGGUUUGUGGUUGGACUGUGAAUACGGGUUGGGAAAAUCGAGUCUGUCCUGCACGACUUUCCAGAACUAUAUACAGCUCAGCGGCAAGGAGAACUUCAGGAUUAAACACUGCGAGGUGUGGGGAGUGGGUCCUAUCCCGGAAGUGGAGGAGAGAGAGGAUUCGACGUCGAUACUGGAUCAAGACUCGACUUCGAAGGUUCUUCUACAGAUGUCUGGACGCAAGAUGUACAGUGAGGAUGUAAGGGAGGUGAAAGAAUAAUUGUGAUACCAGGGAUUCGUCUGAUAACGAGAUGACCUACGUAUGCGUAAACGUGUAACAGGCUACUCAAAAUUAUACCAGCUUUUUAGAAACGAGAAAAAGUUAUUGUAACGCAGUGAAAAAAUGUAAUUAAAAAGUAUGAAUGAUCAACAAUCGCUUUCCGUAAGCUUACGUAUAUUUUCGUGUCCAUAUCGUUAACCAUAUCGUUUGGAAAAAGAAAAAAAAAACACGGCCUGAUCGUUCGUACUAGCGUCGUUUUUCAGUUCGCUCUAUGAUCGAUGAAGCGAUGUCUGAGAAAGAUACAUGAAGGAUGAAAAAUAUGUCGCGUUGCUGUGUCUUUCGAAUGCCUAUUACAGUGCCUGGUAAGUCAUCGAUCAUUUUUAAUCGGAUUUCUCGGUAUACCGAUUGAACAAUGUCCACCCAAGAGAACCGUUGUAAAUCACGAACUCGUUACUAUUGUUAUUUAAGACUGUGCGUGUGUGUUUUCCGAGAGACUGAAUAUGUGUGCGCGGGUGUUAUAUUCGUACAUAAACCGUCCGAUGAGUACUGUUCACUGUACUCGUCGGGAGAACAAAGCCAAAGAGCGAACACUGCACUGUUAUUCAGUACGUUAAGUACUUAUUCAAUAAAGUAUUAAAAAUCUUAAA